AUGGCCCCCAAUCCCUACCUCUUGGCUGCCGACAACCCAGAUGCCCUGCUCACCCUCCUCCGCGAGAACCCCGCCAUCGCCUCCGGCCAAGAUGAGCACGGCUACUCCCUCGUCCACGCCGCCGCGAGCUACAACCACCUCGAACUCCUCCGCGCACUGAUCCGCGAGUUCAACGUCAACGUCGACAUCAAGGACGAAGACGAGGAGACUGCGCUCUUCGUCGUCGAGACCGUCGCCGCCGCCAAGUGCCUGGUCGAGGAGCUUGGCGCCGACAUUAAUGCCAAGGGCGCCGACGGCAUCACUGCUAGCCAGAAGAUCGAGGGCGAGGGAGACUACCCCGAGGUUGCCGAGUAUCUGCAGGGUAUUGAGACACAGAGAAUUGCCUCUGCCGCCGCCGCUGCAGAAGCUGCCGCUCCUGCUUCCAACACCGAUACUGCCGAUACCGCCGCCCCACCCAUUGAUAUGCCGCCCGUCCCCGAAGGUCUCGCCGUGACGCUCGGCACCAUGGACCAAGCCGAAGAGGUCCCUGCCGAAGUCGACCCCGAGUUUAAGCGCCGGAUAGAGCAGCUGGCCGAGAGGGAGGACUUUCACACUGCCGUGGGUCAGGCUGAGUUGCGCCGCCUCAUCGAGGACGCCGUCCUUGGCCAGGAGCUUGGCGACGAGCGCAGUGUGCGUCAGAAGCAGGGCUAA